AUGUUCAAGUUAAAACCGAUUAUAAAACCAGUUUAUCUAAACAAUGUGAAGUUUACGAGGGCACCAAAAACAUAUCCUACAGAAAAUAAAACUCUUGAUAAUAUAAAUAAGACUGCCCAUGAUAAAACUAAAUCCUUAUCUGAUGGUUAGGAUGAGAAAAUAACAAAAUAAGCAAGAUUAGCAAUAAAGAUAACAAAUUAUUCAAGAGAAUUUGUUAAGAUUCUUUAGCAGGCAACAAUUACAGGAGGGUCUCUUUAGUUUACUGGAUCUGGUUUCAUCAAUGUCACUCUGAAAAAUAUUGUGGAAGCUAUCACACAUAGAUAAAAAGCAGCAAAGUAAAAUAGGACUUAAACAAGAAAUGAAAUCUUUCCCUCAAAUGUAUCAAUAUUGGUAGAGUGCUUGAUAAAAGGAAGUACUACUGGCAAAAUAUACCUUGCUGAUUUGACAACAGUAAAACCAAUGAAUAGGUUAACUGGUAACAAUAUGAAGCUAAUAAUUUUUACUAAAGAACAAUUCAAAUGGCAAUAAAUUUUAAAAUAAAAAGUCGAGAUUGGUGGUGUUUCUGACACUUUUUAUUCUUAAAAUUGUAAAAUAAAAUCUUUCUGGCAAAAUCCUUGGAGCAGGAUAAUAAAAGUAAAUUUUUUUAGAUUUUUGAUCAAGAAGAAGUCAUGA